CGGGGCUUCUCAGUUGGCUUCGGGAGAGGCGAGGGAGCGGAUCUCUUGUCCCUUUCGCUUCAUGUCUUCGGACUGGUUCAAGAGGCGCUUCUUGAGCGCGGCGAGCCGAGGGAAAGGCGCUCCGCAGCAGCAGCGGCCAACGGAGGAAGGAGACACACGGCCACAUCCGCAGCUCCCCCGCUUGCCGUACAGGCGGCCCAAACUCCUGCGCGGAGCUGCCUCGGCCGGGGAGAGGCAGCCUGGCAAGCGCCCCGUCGCCUGCCCGCCGCGAGACAAGCCCCUCCAGUGGAACGCGGGCUAUGCAGAAACCAUCAACGCAGAAAAAUCAGAAUUCAAUGAAGACCAAGCAACAUGUUGUCAUAUCUCUAUCAGAAAGAGGGAACAUGGCAAAGAAGAGGACCAGGAGUGGCUGAUUCUGUGCACUACUGAGUAUCUGACUGGCCACUACUGGGCACUGUUUGAUGGUCAUGGUGGACCAGAAGCAUCUAUCUUGGCCUCCAACUACUUGCACUGUUGCAUCAAGCAGAAAUUGGAGGAUGUGGUGGAAGGCAUCACUCAAGACCGUCCCCCGAUGCACCUCAGUGGGCAGUGCGUUUGCCAAAGUGACCCACAGUUCGUGGAAGAAAAACAAAUUCGGCAGGAGGAUGUGGUAAUUGGAGCACUGGAGAAGGCCUUCCAGGAAUGUGAUGAUGUAAUUGGUCAAGAGAUGGAAGCUACUGGCCAAUCAGGAGGUUGUACUGCACUAGCUGCACUUUACUUGCAGGGAAAGCUCUAUGUGGCAAACGCAGGUGACAGCAGGGCACUCCUUGUUCGAAAACAAAGCAUUGUCCCCCUGAGUACUGAAUUCACUCCAGAAACAGAGAGGCAGAGAAUCCAACACCUGGCUUUCAUGUACCCAGAGCUUCUGGCAGAUGAAUUCAUACGGUUUGAGUUUCCAAGGAGAUUGAGAGGAGAUGAUGUGGGCCAGAAGGUCCUUUAUCGAGAUUACUCAAUGGAAGGCUGGGGAUACAAGACGGUAGCAAAAGAUGACCUCAAGUAUCCUCUUAUCCAUGGACAUGGAAAACAGGCUCGCUUGCUAGGCACCCUGGCUGUUUCACGAGGCCUGGGAGAUCAUCAGUUGAGAGUUAUUGAAACAGACAUUGAAAUCAAGCCUUUCCUGUCCUGCAUUCCAAAGGUUGAAGUAUUAGACUUUGCCAAACAAAACAUCAAGGAAGGCGAUGUCCUCAUCAUGGCAACUGAUGGCCUUUGGGAUGUUAUGUCCAAUGACGACGUGGCUCAUAUUGUCAGGAAUUUUGUCCAGGAGAACACAUCUGACCCAUACAGGUUUACAGAACUAGCCAAGUGCCUGGUGCAGAAAGCAAGGGGAAAGAAGGAUGGAUACUACUGGACUAUGGGCAGUAACAGGCCUGCUUCUUAUGAUGACAUUUCUGUGUUUGCGAUUCCACUGUACAACAGUGGAAUUACAAACACAGUUCUGAACACCCCAUGACUACUGAGCAAGUUAAUUAUGGUAUGAUGGUAUUAUUGCUAUUAGUGACACCAUUUCCAGCUGCUGUGUGGAAAAACAACAACUUUUCACUGUCAUUGGAAAGCAAAUGCAGAAAACGCAACUUGUACAGUUUUGGUGUCAUUCCCUUGGGGCAGCUGUAAAGUCCCACUUCCUUAAAGAAGCUUUUCUAACUCAGUAAGUGGAGCAAGAUGGAAGCUUCCCUCUGGACUUUCUUUUGCAAUAGCAUUAGUAUCAAAGAAAUGGCCUGCUGCCACUAAUGUGAACUUAAUCCAUUUUAUUCUUAAAUGGGAUUUUAGCAGCAACUUUGUAUAUCUUACAAAAUGUACCAAGCUAAACAGCUUCUAUCAUGGCUCACAGAAGUUACAGCAAGAUGUUAAGCUACAUCAAUACACUGAAAACAUGACCACAAACCACUAACUGAAAGUCCCAGUGCUUUUCAUGCAAUAAUUCUGUACAGGGGUUUGCCCAGUCUUUUAAUGGAAUCUGUAUUAAAUACAGUGUUUACCAAGUUUCGCCUCAAAACUUCAAGCUGAAGCUGAGGUACUGGUACGUGGUGAGCACUUUUUUUAUAAAAAAAAUUGUUUUUAGGUCAGACAAGCUUGUAUUUUGUUUAUAAUUUUGUAUAUUGUUGUGACUUAAACAUGGUUAUUUUUAAAUGCAAUAAAACAUCUAGUUUUUAUUUUAAAAUAAAUGGUACAACUUUAUUCAAGUUGACAGAUAUACCCUGCAGUAAAACUCAGCAUAAAAAACACCAAAUUGAGAAUCCA